AUUAAACUAACUUACUAGAAGCAAUUUUUAUCGUUUAGAUAAUGAAUGAUUAAAAAACCCAUAUUGGUUUUUAGGCGCUCUGUUUUAUUGCGUAAGAAAGUUAUUGCGAGAAUGCUUCAUUCAUUUGGAAAUGUCAUAAUUUCUGUUGUUUUUCUCUCUGUAAGAGGCAAGUGCGAUGCAGCAGAGAAUAGAAAAAGCCACCAAUGGGUCCCUCCUGUAUAAGCCCCCGACAAAUCAGUUCCCAUGUUGUUAAGCCCCACUUGAGGCUUAUCGUUGAAUAAUGUACAUGAUUUUAGCCAGUGAUAAAUCAUGUAUUAAAAAAGAUCUGUUUUGAUGAUAUUAUUUUUGUUUUAAAGACGAUGCAAACAGUCACUUUUCAAUUCAUAGCUUUUACAAUUUUGAUUUUUUUCAGGCAGCGCUACAAAAUUUUCAAAAAAGCAAAUUUGCUUUAGCCCAUUACAGAAACAUUUCCAAUUACAAGAACCGCCCUCCUCCCCGGGCCAAAUCGAGUAUUAAUGGUACUUGGAAAAGUAGUGCCCCCAAAUCGAUUUAAAAAGCUGCCACUGGGAGAGGCCAAAAUAGAAAAGUGAUUAAUAGAGCCGUGGCGAGACAGGCCUUGUUAGGAAAGGGGGGAGGGGGGUGUUGCUUACGAAACUUCCUGAGUGAAAAAAAUUCCUGCAGUAAGGAAAUUUCGAAAUUACUUGAAGAAGGCCUGGUUUUUCCGAUUUAGUACCAACAAGAAAUCUCAAAACCUUCGCGGGAAUAUCAUUAGGGACGGAUUUCAGCGGCAAUGAUUGGGGGGUGUUUGAUUGGAUAUUGGUGCCACACCUUUCAGGUAACUGGAAAAUGAUGGAAAGGCCCAUUUUAGAAAUUAAACUUAUCGCUUCAAGGUGAAGAAGUUUAGGAAAUAAAAAAAGUAAAUUGUUCAAUUAUUUUUUAGCUACUAACCACCAAAAAUAUUUUCAACCGAAUCAAAACAAAAUUUACCAAAGGACACAAAAAUAUUGAGGGGUGGCGCACCCCCUACAGCCCCGUCCUGGUAAAUCUGUCCCUGAAUAUCAUAUUAACCAACGGAGUAACAAUCAUUGCCUCAGAUUCUUUAUUGAUCUCUGAAGACGUAGGGGCUCUGAACUACUUACAAUCUUUCUUCCAUUGAACUGAUUUUCCCUGAAAAUUCCUAUAAAACUACUAUUGCGGGGCUGUGACAACCCAAACCCUACAUCCUUCGAUCGAGACACCCUCGGUGAUGAGAAGAAGCAAUAAGGCAUCAAUCUGAAUAAGAAAUCGAGCUUUAAAAACAUGUCCAACUGUUCUGUAAAACAUCUAGUCAUGCUUCAACUCGUAUUUCAAUUUUCAUGGAGCCUGUGAAACUAAAACCGUUGAUGUCUCAGAUUGGCUAUUGCCUGCUGAUUUUGGUGUUUCGAGAAAGAAAAUUUGAACAAUAAGAUAAAGUGAAUUUAAGAGAGGGGCUUAUAAUAGCAUAUAUUUGUGAUGCUUCUAUAUUUGAAAAAUUAUUUGAAACUGAUAGCUCUUUAAGCCUUCAUCAAAUGAACCUGUAUUUGCUUUUGGUAGAGGUCUACAAACCAAUAUCACAUCUAUGUUCUAGCUUCAUAAAGCUAGCUUUGGUGGAAAAAAUUCCUCACAAUCUAACGUCUCUUGAUGAACUACAAUUGUCAACUUGCCUUGGAAUCAAUAUCAAACCAUUAUUUUUGUAGGAAAAAGUACGAGAAACACUAUAACCAGAGUUGAAAAACUCAAGACUCCCUUUAGAUAUUCAAAAUAUAUAUUUAUAAAAGCCCAUAAAUGCAAAGCUUGCAAAAGCAGAUAGUGUAAGAUAUUUUAUUCAAAUUUUGGUUUUUUUAUUGUAACAAGUAUUUCACUAAUUUUAUGUUUUUAAUAGUAAAUUUUAUAUUUUUGUAAGUGAUUGGUAAGCAUCUUCAGCCUUAUUUAUUUGCAAACCUUAAUAUAUUACUGAAAAUAGAGAUGUGGAGGAUGUAAAUCAACUUUAACUGGUUUACUUUUUUAAUCAGAAUGGUAGGAAUUCUAUACUAUCUGUGAUUUAUUCGAAAUUGCCCAGAAUUUGAUUCCUUGACCUGUGUAACAAGUUUAUCUGGUUCUUUAGCCAAAAGAAUAGUCGUAAAUCAGCAACUAAUUUUAUAUCGUUGGCUUUGAAUUAUGGGAAUCAUUUUGAAGGAAGCUCUUUGUGUAAAUCUGCAUAAUUUUAUUCGUAUAACGCAUGAUUAUAUCACAUAUUCUUAGCUUUAUAUUAACUAGUUGCUGUUUUCUAACUUACAAGUCUAAAUAUGUUUUUAAAGUUUUGUGGCGAUGGAUCAUUUCACAAACCUUUAUUAAAAGUUGUCAGAAAACGCACAUCCGUUGAAACACAUUUGUGUCCUGUCUAACGCAUAUGCGCUUCACGCCAUUCACAGCUAGGCCCUGCAUGUCCGCCAUUACACUGUAACACUUGAAACGCAUAUGCGUCUCGGCCCAUGCAGAAACGCAUGCCCAUGCAGAAACGCAUAGUACACCGGCACUAGUUCGAUGGUACCUUGGAGUAUGUAUAUACAAAAUACACAGUCACUCAUUCAUAAAAUGGCUUUUAUAGCAAGCUGAAUGUUAGGGAUCCAGAUACUUAUUUACCGAUAAUAUUUCUUUUCAAACUGCAUAUCUUUCAUUAAGUCAGUCAUUUUUAUUCCUAAUGUAUUAAAGUUUAAACUUAAACAAAGUUAGGUAAUUAUGCGAUAGAGCCUGUUGUUUAGGGCGAAUUUCAAAGUUCAUUUCUCGAAGUGGACUCACUCACUGUGCUCUCUCUCUCUCUAUUACCCUAUAUUUUUGAUGGUCACAGGUGGAAUUUUGAUGCAUAAGGUAAGCCUGGGCCCGUUUUGGUAAGCCGUGACCUUCUUUGAUUCAACGUAUGAAAUUGUCCUUCUUUUCUGUACGCGUAAAGUUUGCGUAGACCCAAAAGAUUCUUGUUUCUGUUAUCAAUUAGGCUAAUAAGUUUUUGCUAUUCUAGUGUUGCCUAGUUUGCACCUUUGUCGUAUUUCAAUGCAAUGUAACAUUGCUAAAACCAACCUAUUUUUUAAAGGAGACCAGCUUAUUGUUAAGAUAUUUUCUUCUUACUUUUUGAGUCUUUUGUUCAGUUCUUUAUUGUAUCUUCAAAAAUUUUACCUUCAUCCAAGGAUUCUGUUGCUUUAAAACCAUAAAGAUCCUAUUGAAGCAAUAAGGAAUUACGCCGUAGGUAUUUUUUCAUGAAAAUAAGAUGCCAAGAAACCCAUUUCCAGCUUUGUCUACCCACAAAGUCUUAUCAAAACAAAUCCUGACGGAAAAUGGCAGCAUUCGGAGUAUUCUGCUUGCUUUCGUCAAUUGGCGGAAUUUUGACAGAAAGCUAUAAGUCAAUCUUGUUUACCAGAACCAAGGGUUGCAUGAAUUGCGGUCGAUUUGUAUAUAUAUUGAACAACGCUGCUUUUGUCGGCCUUUCCGUCAUCCCCUUUCUUCAUUCUUACUCACCCUGUUUGUAAUCUGGAUUGAGAAAUCAAGCUGGCUUUUGUUCAGAACCACUUUAAAACAUCAAUAUUGUCUGAAGUUGGAAGUCAUAGUUGGUUGUUUGGUUGGAACAGUCUGCCCAGUCACCAAAUAACUUCCAUUUCAGGUUACUAUUAGUGGUGAUCUUUUCUUUUGCAACAGAUUUCAUACAAAUAGCUGCUCAUGUCAAAUCUUUACAAAUUAAGAUGUUUAGCAGGGUGAAGUGCUAUAACACUGUGGCUAUAAAGAACAAGGGGGUAAAAACAUUUCUUUCCUGAAAAAUGAUAGCAAAAGUAGAAAUUGACGACUGAUCAGUAUAAACAACUGGGAUUAACAUCAGCCUCACCCUCUCCUGAGCCUCCUUGAGCCCCUAGCACUUAACCCCAAAAUUAUGGCAUGAAAAUUAUGAAAAAUUAUCAGAUAAUUAGAUAUUCCCGUCAGCUGUUAGCAUUCUAAGGUUUUUGCAUUAUGUCUAUCAUUCAGAAGUAUAAUAUGCUUCGUAUUGCUUUAACCUUAUUUGAAAUUGAUUAAUUGUUGUAUAGCUGUUUCAACACUUUAUCGAACCGGAGAUUUGAAUCCAGAUAAAUUUUAAUGUUUCAAGGCGGUGAUAAGUUUCUUAGUGGACGUCAUUUUCAGCUUAAGUUACACUUGAAAGAUUGUUUGAUAUAUAAUAGCUUGAUAAUUCUACACGUGUAACCAAUUCCACUAGAAGCUUUUUUAACCAAAAAGUCAAAUCUGUUUAUUUUGAAUAAAGUAACGCCCAGACACGCAAGUAGGGCAAGGGGAGCAAAGCGCCAAGAAAAGGACAAAACAAUAAGAGAAUAAUAAACAUUGCUAAAUUUUGAAGUGGCAAGGGGGUGCCUCCGUGCUCCUGUUUCCAUAGUUACGCCAAAACUUCAUUACGGAAGAAGAGCUGAAAUUUGCAAGAGACAAGAAUAUCAAAAGGAUUGUAACAUUCUUAUGUCAUGCCUAGUGCCGCUCUGACGAGUUUAUGGCUGUUUAUACUUGAUAUGAUGUCUGUGCUGUUGUGUUACUGAAAGCUUUUCCUAUUGGUGUCGUAGCCAAGCGUUGACAACGUAAGCUAUGUGUAAUUGCUUAGACUGCCUGUUGUCAAAAUGUUUUUCUUUCUGAAUUGGUUCUUUCUUCAGCCACCUUGUAAAAAUGCACCUGUUCUUUUCGUCAAUGUUUGUCAUUUGUCUUUUUUAAAUUCUGCUGUCUUCAGUAAUCAAUAUUCGUUUUUAAUUGCGAGCAAAAUAGAUGUCAAAUAUAGUGAGUCUUACCUGGAGGUUUGCUUGUUUAACGAGUGCCUUUUAAAAUUUGUGAUCAACUUUUAAACUUGCGUUCAAUUGGAAAACAAUAGGAUCAUUUUCUGACCGAAGAUUGUCAUUGUGGAAUGAGAGAGUAGUUUUUUUCUACUUAGUUUGUGGAGAUCCCAAAUGUUGGUGUCUUCCUGAACAUCUCUAUGGCUUUGUGUUUUGUUCGUUUUCUUGUGUCGCCUCUGCUUGAAAAAUGUUUUGAGGCAAUAAACUGUAUCAGCAAGUAAGCAUUUAGUAAUCGUUUAGAAGCCAUCUUCUAUAGUUCAAGCACAGUGAUAUUACAGUACAGCUAAACUUCCAUUAGCAUGCACAUUUGGACACCUGGACACCCCCAAAAAAGGCAGUCAAAAUCUUUUACAAAGUUCCCAAAUGACGGAGAAUAUCUCUGUCCCUACCGGUAUUCGCUAUAAGGAGGUUCCGCUGUAGCUAUCGUCCUAUGUCAUGAACUUCUCUAUCUGAUUCAGCAAUUUUAUUUAGCAAUCACAAGACAACUGGCUGCUCAAAAUUUUAAUCAUAGCGUGAACAAUCUUCUUUCUUCAUACCUCUUCUUUGUUUCCUAACCCCAUCACAGUGUGCAAGUGUUGCAUUUGCCAUACUUUCAAAAUAGCAACCACAGUAGCCUGUCAAAUUAGCUCGCUGUAUGGAAAUACUUGUCCCAUUUACUUGAAUGCUUUUCUGAAACCCCCAGUGAUCAAAAUUGACGCUCCUUUUUUCUCUAGACCUCUUACGGUGAACUAGAUUUUUGAUACUCGUUCUUGUUAUAUAUUAAACUUUUGGAUUCCUAAGCAUGCAUUUGACGCAUUUUUUGAUCGAGGCAAUGAUUGUAUGUAAAAAGGUUUUUUCGACAUUUUAAAGGAACAAAAUUUGAACGAGGCUUUCGGUUGUUCACUUAUGAAAUUUUCUAGCGCUUUUUGAAUGGUCUUAGCGAACGCUGUCCGUAAAUAAUUACUGCAUUUGUCGCCAGUGGCUGGCAAUUAGAGGCCAACCUUGCGCCUUUAACACGUGCUCCGUAAAAGUGACCGACAGCUGCCACUUUAACAUAGCACUAAAGCGAUUGUAUUGUUUGCUCAAGCACUAGAACUUGGUUUGAGGUAGAAGAUCAUAAAACCAUUAUUAAAACGAGUUCUACGGCUUCUGUGGCGCUUGCGGAAUCACGUUGAUUCUUGAUAUAGCUGAAUAUUUUAAAGUGGAGCGCAUGAUUUCCCAAACCUAACUAUCAAGAUGAAAAGUUUCGUGCUUCCUGUAAGCAUGUCGUCGGCGCUGGCCGUCGUCUUAACGGUUUUGGCAAUAGUGUUGUUUAUGUUUUACCGAAAAAGACGAUUGAGCAAGUCCAUGACUGAAGUGCUUGAGCCGAUGACGCGGGCGACGAGCGGCAACGGCAGUUUCAAACGCAGCAGCUCUAAAAGAAGUCGCAAGAACAACGCUGUUGCCGAGAAACAGGUUCCGAUUUUGCAAGACUCUCAAUUCUGGGUACCUGAAGUGUACUCAUCAAUUAUACAACCAAACCAAACCCCGCCGAGAAAAGUGAGCAGAAUGCAGUCGACCCUAGACCGUGAGAUUUAUUCAAGGACCCAAGAUACCUCCUACCUACAGGCAGCAGAAACUGAUGUGUUCGAGAGUGAGUCGACUGGAAGACGGCGAUCAAGUCUGCAGAAUCGUUAUACAGGGAUCCAAAAAGCGAGACUGAUGAGUGAUGACUAUCGUGGGAUGUUGAACUUUUCUCUGCAAUAUCGACAGGACAGGGCACUGUUAAUGGUCACAGUGAUCAAAGCUGAAAAUCUGCCCCCGAGGAAAGAUGGAGAAUGCGUUGAUCCGUUUGUUGAUAUUCAGCUGCUUCCAUACUAUAAAAGAAAGAAUCACUCAGAAGUUCACCAAAAGACAUUAAACCCUAUAUUUAACCAAAUGUUUGAAUUCGAGGUUCCACCGUAUGAAAUACGAGGCCAGCAAAUUCAGUUUACAGUUUUGGAUUUUAGUCAACAAUUAAACCACAACACAAUUGGUACUGUUUUAUAUGAUGUAGGAAAUUUGGACAGCGAUGCUUUAAAAGCGUCUAAAGAAUUCAUUUUAUGGCAGAGGAUUGUCAAGCCGGAGCAGCUUGAGAGAAAACUUGCCUUGAAAGUAACUUUAUCGAAAGAAAAGGAAAAAAACAUGGUGGAUGAUAACUCCAUGCUUAUAUUGCUAUCACUGACGUACUUGAAAGCUGCAGAGAAGCUGACUGUGACCAUAAACAGAGCGCGAAAUCUUCCUCUUGCUGACAGAAAAGGCAGGCUCGAUCACCAUUAUGUUUCAAUCUCGUUGCGAAGACAAGGCAAAAAUCUCAAAAAGCAAAGGACAUCAGUAGUUAAACACGAUCCAAACCCAACGUUUGGCAAAAGCCUUGUGUUUGAUGUAUCGAACAGCGAAAUUGAACUUUGCACCCUGGUUAUCAAAGUCCGACACCACAGUGACAUCAAUAGAGACCGGACGUUUGCAAUACUUUGUGUCGGUCAUAAUGCGCAGGGGAGCGAGGCUGCACAUUGGAACGAUAUGGUCGAGCUUGGUGAGUGUGUUACGCGAUGGCAUCGCAUGGUCCGGAUAGAGCCUGCAGACAACAGUGGUCACGAGUAACGUUGCUGGCCCGAUUAAGAGUUAUAUCGACUUGUGGAAACUGGGUUGGUCCGAAUGCUGUUAUAAAAGCUGUAAAGAUGGCUGGUUGCGGAAAGAGGGAUCUUUUCGUUGGCAUUUCGGAAAGCCCGAUCGUCCAUUAAAAAAUCUUGCAUCAGUAGCAAACCGAAAUUUUUGGUCUCUAGGUAUUAGACUGGGUUCCUUCAACCAAUGGUUGAUUGCAUUCUGAAUGGAAGUAAUUUAACUUAUAGGCUUGACUUUACCAGUUGAAAUUUUCUUGUUCGGUCACUCUAAAGAAAACCAUUCACCGUUAUAUAUGAAUCUCCCGAACAUCAUUUGGUAAAUAUGCAAGCCAACUAUUUGCUUAUGUAAACUUUUCCUUAUUGAAAUUAUUCGUGGCUUGAUUUACUCUUUACAUUAAUUUGUCAACUCAUUCAUUGAAAGUAAGGAUAGAAUUCUCUAUAAUUUACUCCUUCAUCAUCGUGAGAAGAUUUUUAAACAUUCCUUCCGCGGUAUCUAGUAUAUAGAAUUACAUUUCUUUAAACUGAACAUAGAAGUGGUACUGUCAACAGACUGGUUGAGUUAAAAAAGUCAUGGUUGAGAUUACUGAAGUACAUUUACUUCUGCAGUCCGCUCUUGUUGGCUUGUAGAGGAACCUGGAAUGCCCUACACCCAUGCUUGUACCUUUCUUAAUUAACUGCCGGAUAACACAAUCAAGGCGUCAUCAUCCUGAACAAAAAACCCAAGAACUGGACAUCCGUAUAGAGUAUGUACCCCCACCCAUUUUUCCACCCUGUUUAGGGAUAAUUUUUUUAAAAAGAAGAAGUAGCGUAUGUGAUCCAAUCAAGGGAAAGAGAAAUGGUCGCAAAAUAGCGCUCAUCGAUGCAUGCUUUUUGAGAAAACAUAGGCAUGAGUUAUGAAUCACCCUCAAUGGUCACGAUAUUGAAAUGAUGGGCCUAAGUUGAAAACGGCUGGACUCAGUAAUAACCAAUACGAAGUAAAUAACAACAAUUUCUCCCUUUUAUAGAAAUAACGGAAAUAAAAUAGUUGGGGGGGGGGGGGUGUUCGACAUAUAUGUAAAAUGAAAUUUGACAUUCCAAAACAUGAAAAUUGAAUGAUAGCAGACUAAAACUCAUUUCGAGGGCAUUUUACUGACAGUGAGUAAUAUUGGAUUGAUCACGUUGAUGUAUUUUUGACUGUUGUAACGUGGCAAAGCGCACUCUUUGUCUUUUAAUACCAAAAUAUAUAAAAUGCAAAUCCUGAGCCAAAGUGGCUCCGUUUGCUGACUUAGAGCCAAUUGUCUGAAUCAGAAUAUUUUAGUAUUGUAAAUACAUUAAUAUUCAUUAUUUUGCAAUAAUAUUUAUAUAUUCAAUAAGAAUUUUUUAAAUUUGUUGCAGUUAGCAUUUAGAGUAGGAUUUAGAAUGCCAUAAUUAUUUCUAUGUAAUUAUCAUAAUUAAUAAUAUGAUGAUUAUAAUUUGCAUAAAUUAUUACCAAUGUAUAAUUAUUACUUGAAAUUAUUGCCAUUGAAGUUAGGUACCAGCUUCUUGCCAAA